GAGAAUGCCAAAAUGUAACCUCUAGCAUUGUUACAACAGUUAGAAAAUGUAAAUAUGUUUGACAGGUUUUGUUUUAAAUAUGGUUUUAAAAUACAUCUUUUUAUCGAUAUUUCUAGUCCUUAGUCAUUGUUCACAUAAUGGAGACUUCAUGAAUGAUCGGUUAGGCGAAAAACUUAAAGGUGGAAGCGCAGUUACUAGUGGUCUUAGUUUGUCAGAAGAAGAUUGUCCUCCUAUGACACCCUGUGAAGAAUUGAAAUACCCUUGCAUAACAUGUCUUUUCAAUGAAACUUGUGUGUAUGGAAAUAUUACUACCGCCAAAUGCAAUGCCCGUAUGAAGUGCAAGGGCAUACCUAAAUUUGAAAGGAAGUACAUAUGCAGAUUUUGUUAUCAGACAGAGAGAUGGGAACACAAAUGUGUUGAAAAAGGAAGCUGUGACUCAGUUGCUUCACCAAAAGCUUAUUAUAGAACAAACUGUACAGUUCAUGAUGAUGUCCUUUGUCUUGGAAGAAGAACAUUUGCGCGUAAUAUUCCUUGCAACUGGACUGGUGGCCAUCGUUGGUCAACGGCACUUUUUCUCAGCAUCACGUUAGGAGGAUUUGGAGCAGAUAGGUUUUAUCUUGGAUACUGGCAAGAAGGAAUCGGAAAAUUGUUUAGUUUUGGUGGUUUAGGUGUUUGGACAAUCAUUGACUUCAUUUUAAUUGCUAUUCAAUACCUGGGACCAGCAGAUGGAUCAUUGUAUAUAUAGGAAAGUAAUAUUUAUUAUAGUUGAUUUUACUGAAGUUUGAAUCCUAUUAGUUGUUUUAUAAUUGUAUCAUAGUUGUACAGGCUUUACUAUUAUAUGUAUAAAUUUGGUUAUAAUUGAGAUUUAUGACAUUAAGAUUUUACUUUUGCAUAUUUCUUGGCCUAUUUAGUAGAAAUACUAAAAUUAAGUAACUUAGUUUUAUACUAUUAUAAAAAAAAGUCAGGUAUAUUUUAGCCUACCAAAAAACUUUUGCAAGCUUUGAAAGUUACUGUGAACAGUUUAGAACAAAUGAAACAUUUUUUGAAUUGUUAUCACUACUGAAUUAAUGUUAUUUUCAGUGCUUGUUGCUCAAUACUUUUUAUUUGUUUAUUAUGGAUAUAAUUGUAAUUAAUUAUUAUGUUGUAGUAAUAAUUAUUAAAAACAUAAAAUUGAAUGCUAAUGUUGCAUUAAGUUAAAUACUUGUUGAAAAUAUUUUAAUAAAACAUGAAUCUUUUUCUAUGUUUGUAAUAUACUACCAAAUGUAAAGCGUUAGAAGAGAUUAAGACUAAAAUUUGUGGUGUGUUUAUAAAUUUGUAGUGGAUCUACUACCUUCUCUGUACAUAAAUUUAAGAAUUUAUAACUUUAUUUUUAUUAUUAUUUAAUAAAUGAUAAUAUUAAUUUUUCAUAA